AUGACUACCCCAAACAAGACACCACCUGGUGCUGAUCCAAAGCAGUUAGAGAGGACUGGUACUGUUAGAGAAAUAGGCUCACAAGCAGUUUGGUCUCUUUCAUCCUGUAAGCCAGGAUUUGGAGUGGAUCAGUUACGAGAUGAUAAUCUAGAAACUUACUGGCAGUCAGAUGGAUCACAGCCUCAUUUGGUGAACAUCCAAUUUAGGAGAAAAACAACAGUGAAGACAUUAUGUAUUUAUGCAGACUACAAAUCUGAUGAAAGUUACACUCCAAGUAAAAUCUCUGUCAGAGUAGGAAAUAAUUUUCAUAAUCUCCAGGAAAUCCGGCAACUUGAAUUAGUGGAACCAAGCGGCUGGAUUCAUGUUCCCUUAACAGAUACUCAUAAGAAGCCUAUUCGCACAUUUAUGAUUCAGAUUGCUGUUCUAGCUAAUCACCAAAAUGGAAGAGACACUCACAUGAGACAAAUCAAAGUGUACACCCCGGUGGAAGAGAGCUCUAUUGGUAAAUUUCCUAGAUGUACAACAAUUGAUUUCAUGAUGUAUCGCUCCAUAAGAUAA